UCAACACCGUUUUUAGUAAAAGAUGAAGAAGAAGGCUAACCGGAUUAGCAGGGGAGGAGGAGGCGGAAGUGACGCAUUUUAUUUUGAAAAUUCGUGGCGCUGAAUGAAAAACGAACUUUAAAUCGUAUCCUUUCUCUUCACGUCGACAUUGCUUUCUUGUGAAGUCUGCACAGUUAUGAAGAAAGCUCAGGUGAAAGAUCCAGCCAUCCCUCCACAGACCAGUGUGACAUCCAGAGCAGCACAUGCCAAAAACGAUAUGGACAAUAAGAAGAACCAGCCCAGAUCUCUAAAAGUGCCAACCACAAGGUAUGGACAGCAAAAUGACUUAAGGGAGCAGAAUCGAAUCUUGACUGCGACAAAUGAAGACCUGCAGAGGCAGCUUGAAGAAAUGAAGGAAACAGUGACUGAACUGAACCAUCGAUGCUCGGACCUCAAGGGAGAAAACGGAGAGAUUCAGAAACAGCUGCGAGACUGUCAUGUCUUACUUGUUGCGGAAAAUCUCGACCCAGUUUCAGGAGAAAAGUUGGGCCAGACGGCACAACAAAAGGAAGAACAACGAAAAGAAAUAAUGACUGUUUCCCAAAAUCUUUUGAGUGAGCUUAAACUAUUUGGUGAGAUGGCGCUGGAGCAAACAGUAAAUUUAAAUGAAGUGCAGCACACCAUGAGAGACCUGACGGAAGCUCAUGAAAAGCUCCAGCAGGAACGGGCGUUGUUCAGCUUGGAUGUGGAGGAAAUGGAGAAGGCUUUGGCAGAUGCAGAGAGGCUCUUGAUAGAGUAAAUGAAAGAAACUCUUUUGUUGGCCAUAAGUACUGUUAAACCAUAUGGUGGCGUUCCAAGAGCUGUCAAUCUAAAAACCUAAGAGAAAACUGGAAAAAAACAACAACAUUUGAACAGAACUGCAAUGUAGUCAGUUAAAGAUACAUGCACUCCAGAUUUCUAAAAAAAAAAAAAAAAUAUUAAAGGGAUAGUUCACCCUAAAAUAAAAAUUAUUUUAGUUGUUUCAAGCGUGUAUACAUUUCUUUGCUGAACACAAAUGAAGAUAUUUUAAAGAAUGUUUGUAACCAAGCAGAUCGGGGGCACCAUUGAUUAUAGUAGGGAAAAUAAUAGUAUGGAAUUGAAUGGUGCCCCAGAUCUGUUUGGUUAUUAACAUUGAAAUAUAUACAGGUUUGGAACUGGGGGGGGUAAAUAAUUUUUGGUGAACUAUCCCUUUAACUUAUAAAACGAUAGUCUUGGUAUAGAGAUGUUAGUUUGUUGGUUGAUUACAAUAAAAUAUGUAAAUAUAAACAAUUUUCAUAUGAAAUGUAAAUAAGCACUUAUUAAAAAAAAGGCACAAACCAGAUAUUCAUUUCUGAUUUGAAUGCUGUAUAAAAACAAGGUAAAAAAAUAAUAAAAGCUAAACUGACUUUU